AUGGCGUUGAACUUGGAUUUGUCGAAUGCGGUGAUGAUGAAGGAUGAGCAGGGCCGCCCUCUCAUCGUUGUCAGAGAUCAGGGAAAGAAGAAGAGGCAAUACGGAAACGAAGCCGUUAAGAACCACAUUCUCGCCGCUAGAACCGUCGCAAACAUCGUCAAGACCUCCCUAGGACCUCGUGGCCUCGACAAGAUCCUCAUCUCCCCCGACGGCGAUAUCACAGUGACCAACGAUGGCGCGACCAUUCUACAACAAAUGGAGAUCACAAAUCACGUUGCCAAGCUACUAGUCGAGCUCUCCAAGUCCCAGGAUGACGAGAUCGGUGAUGGUACCACAGGUGUCGUUGUGCUUGCUGGCGCGCUGCUCGAGCAGGCGGCAGAGCUUAUUGACAAGGGAAUUCACCCCAUCAGAAUCGCCGACGGUUACGACCAAGCUUGCGACAUUGCCGUGGCCGAGCUUGACAAGAUUGCCGAUACUAUCGAGUUCAGCAAGGAGGACACCACCAACCUGGUCAAGGUUGCGAGGACAAGUUUGGGUAGCAAGAUCGUCUCCAAGGCCCACGACCAAUUUGCCAACAUUGCCGUCGAUGCCGUCCUCUCCGUUGCCGACUUGGAGCGCAAGGAUGUUGAUUUCGAGCUUAUCAAGGUGGACGGCAAGGUUGGAGGCGCUCUUGAAGAUACCCUCCUCGUCAAGGGUGUUAUUGUCGACAAGGACUUCUCCCACCCUCAGAUGCCUUCCGAGGUCAGAGACGCCAAGAUUGCCAUUCUCACAUGCGCCUUCGAGCCCCCCAAGCCCAAGACUAAGCACAGACUCGACAUCACCAGCGUCGAGGAGUUCAAGAAGCUGCAGACUUACGAGCGCGAGAAGUUUAUCGAGAUGAUCCAGCAAAUAAAGGACACCGGUGCCAACCUAGCCAUUUGCCAGUGGGGUUUCGAUGACGAGGCGAACCACUUGCUCCUUCAGAACGGCCUUCCUGCUGUCCGAUGGGUUGGUGGUCCCGAGAUUGAGCUGAUUGCGAUUGCCACAAACGGUCGCAUUGUUCCUCGCUUCGAGGAUCUCAAGCCCGAGAAGCUCGGUUCUGCUGGUAUUGUUCGCGAGAUGACCUUCGGCACGACAAGGGAGAAGAUGCUUGUGAUCGAGGAGUGCGCCAACACUAGAGCCGUGACUGUCUUUGUCAGGGGUAGCAACAAGAUGAUCAUCGAUGAGGCUAAGCGUUCUCUUCAUGACGCUCUUUGCGUCGUGCGCAACCUUGUUCGCGACAACCGCGUCGUCUACGGUGGUGGCUCGGCCGAGAUUGCCUGCAGUUUGGCUGUUGAGGACGCUGCUGUCAAGUCCCCUGGUCUCGAGCAGUACGCCAUGCGCGCCUUCGCCGAUGCUCUCGACACCAUCCCCAUGACUCUCGCCGAGAACAGCGGUCUUAACCCCAUCGCUACCCUCGCCGAGGUCAAGUCUCAACAAGUCAAGGAUCCUGCUGGUCGCGGCCGUCUUGGUGUUGACUGCAUGGGCCGCGGCUCGAACAACAUGAAGGAGGCCUUCGUCAUCGAUCCUCUUAUCGGCAAGAGGCAGCAGCUUAUGCUUGCGACGCAGCUCUGCAGAAUGAUUCUCAAGAUCAACAACGUCAUUGUGUCUGGGUCUGGCGAGGACGACUACUAA